UUGCCCGCUCAUUGCGACGCGCAUUUAUAUACGAGGUCUGUCCUUCUUAAAAGAAAUGGGCAGGCUGGCAGGAAAAAAUGGGCGGGAAGUUAAAAAUUUUAGAAAAGACGCACUCUCUAUUCUUUAUUUUUCUCUAAUUCUCGUUAUCAAAACAUUUUUAACGUGUUUGUUGUUUACAACGAAGAGCGUCCGCCCCCUCGUUUUGACGAUGCUAUUAAUGGGCGGCGCACGUACGCUCGUUGUCUAG